AUGGCCUCCUCCCGUCGUUCCAUCGACGGCAUCCUCCGCCACACACAUGAAAUGCAUCAGCAGCUACGAGAUCAACUCCUGCAAGAUGGCGCCGACGCCGUCCGCCCUCGCUCCGACUCCAGCAGUCACUUCUACCUCUCUGCCUCGGGAGCGUGGGAGUUUCGACCACACCACCCCGAUCCGUUGCCUCGACGUCCAACGCAGUCUCGUCGACCUCCGUCCUCUCGCCCGAGGUCGCAACGACCGAAAUCAGAACCACACCCACAACCCUCGACUCCACUCACCAUGUCCUCGCCGCACUUCCCUACUGGAGACACGGCGGCAACUGCUCGGCCCAACAAGAUCCGGAAGUUGAACAAUCACCGGCGGGAGACCAGCGCCGAGCAUACUACUGGAGGGAUGCCGGUCGAGAAAUCCGGAUCAACGCCCGCUGCAGAGGUUGCAGAUGCGACACACGGUAAUGGGACGAAGGGACGUAGAGGCGGAAGCGGAAGCGAUGAGAAUUGUGUUUGGACACCGUGA